UGGAGGAUAGAUAUAUUAAAAUGAUGAUGAUGCACGAGAACGUUCCCGCACUGCCGCAUCGGGAUACGAGUAGGCAGGUUUAUAAAAAACAGCCUCCAUGGAGUAAACGACAUGUACCGAUACUUCCAUUAUUCUUCCAUACAUGACUGGUCGACACUAGGGACGAUCAAUGUUCGAGAUCCAGAAAGAGCGGUGAGAUUACUACUGUUCGUUAUGUACGUAUGCACACAACACACAACCAUCAUGGACGCGAAUGGAUGAGGAGGAGGGAGGGGGAGGGAGGGGAACGGCGAGGCGCAAUGCUGGCCGGGCGUUCGGUGACGGAGGUCCCUUGCUCACUCACGGCGCAAACCACCAACGAUAGACCAACAUUUGACUUUCGGUGGCGAAGAGCGACGACAAAUGCGAGACGUAGGGUAGGAUAUGCCGUUUGUUGGACUGCUGCUGGUGGAGGGAAAAGUGAGCAGAUGGGCGCACGACGUCCAGUCAUCCACACCACCACGAUGCAAGCUGCGGCCAGUGACAGGCAUGGCAGAAGUUUGAGAGUUUUUCGAGCGGGGUUGGAGUGUUUUGCAUACAGUAUCAUACAAACAGAUAUGGUGCAGAACGCCUCUCAGCUCUGGCUAGCGGCUAGGCCCUUAUCAGAGUCCAGUCAUACUUUGUCUGGCCUUGGGAGUCAACCUUCAACCUUGGACGGUACUCUGAAGGCUCGAUCUGGGAUUGCAUGGGGUUGGAGACGUCGUGGCUUGCAUGCUGGGGCUUCCUGGUCUACUGUGGAUUGUGUUGGAUGGUAUAUUAUGUACUAUGUACUGCUGUGUCGCCGACUGUCAAGUCAAGCGUCGACUGUCAAGUGUCAUCUGUCAUCGGCCUCGCUUGACGACCAGAGACGGAUGUCGAUAGCGAUACACCGAAACUGCCUCGACUCACAUUAAUUGCUUUUUCUCCUCCGUCUGCUGGCGGGCAUGACGAUGCUGUGUAAGCACUGCGUCGAAUCGGGUGCGCGGGCGCUCCCUCACCAGCCGUACACGCAAAUAAUGGCACGACAACAAGCCGGGACGAAGCAUUUUCAGUCUGGGGAUGAUAGGGCAUGCCCACCACGCCUUCUUCGUGGUCCUAUUGGUAUGUAUCAAGUGAUGCAGCGCGUCUGUGGGAGACGCGCAUGCAGCAUGGAUGGUUGAAAGGCUGUCUGCCUUGCUGCAGCCAACUUGAACACUCUGCAUCAAAAGGAGCCCACAUUGGGCAGAAUCGCCUUGCGCGCAUUCCCAUCACUCGUCUCUCAGUCUCACUACCUCGCUACUAAUAUUAAUUAUUAUUACUCGCCAUCU